CCAUCCCAAACCCUUCUCUCAUUUUUCUUCACUCAAGCUGCCACAAACCGCUCACUGCUCUCUGUCGUCUCCAACUCGCACUGUUUAUGUGUAAAAUUGUUGUUGAAAUCACAUAUGGAAUUUUGAAAUUGUUGUUGUUGAAAUCACGUUUAGUUAGAAUUUUGGAGAAAGGAACUGUCAAAAUUUUCAUAUAAUAUUAGUACAGAUUUCAAAACCCUCAUUUCCCCCUCACGCAAAACCCAUCUCCGCCAAUCUGCGUAGGUUUCACGUUCGCCGCAAUGGCUGGCACAGGAUUCUCAUUCGGCUUCUCCAAUACUAGCUCCGCCUCCUCCGCACCUUCCUUCGGCAUUGCCUCCGGAACCACACCGGCCUCCGCCGCCUCACCUUCUUUUGGCGUCGCUUCCGGAACCUCAUCCACACCUUUAUUUGGUUUUGGCUCCGCACCGACGUCCUCCUCCACAUCGUCUUUUGGCUUUGCCUCCAACCCUAGCUCCGCAAAUUCGUUUGGCUUUGGGUCGGGAACCGGCUCAUCUCCGUUCGGCGCUUCCUCGCUAUUCGGCUCAUCCUCUUCGGCCGCGGCCAACAUUUUUGGAUCAACUCCCGGCGGAGCUCCGACUCCUGGCAUUUUCGGAUCCUCGUCUUCAGGUACAGGCCAAACAGCUAACGCAUUCGGUUCUGCGGCUUCGAACCCCGCUCCAACAACUCCCCCGCCUUCCUCAUCUCCGUUUGGCACCCAAUCGGCCUUUGGAUCCCCUGCUCCCGGAUCCAACCUUUUCGGCUCGGGUGCUCCAACUCCCAGUCUAUUCGGCAAUUCUUCUUCUUCCGCAGCUUCUGCGAGCAACACCGGCUCACUUUUUGGGUCAGGGACGAGCGCAACACCUAACCCUUUUGGAUCAACCACAGCUGGGUCAGGGGCGAAUGCAACACCUAAUCUUUUCGGAUCAACCACAGCUGGGUCAGGGGCGAGUGCAACACCUAAUCUUUUCGGAUCAACCACAGCUGGGUCAGGGGCGAGUGCAACACCUAAUCUUUUCGGAUCAACCACAGCUGGGUCAGGGGCGAGUGCAACACCUAAUCUUUUCGGAUCAACCACAGCUGGGUCAGGGGCGAGUCCAACACCUAAUCUUUUCGGAUCAACCACAGCUGGGUCAGGGGCGAGUGCAACACCUAAUCUUUUCGGAUCAACCACAGCUGGGUCAGGGGCGAGUCCAACACCUAAUCUUUUCGGAUCAACCACAGCUGGGUCAGGGGCGAGUGCAACACCUAAUCUUUUCGGAUCAACCACAGCUGGGUCAGGGGCGAGUCCAACACCUAAUCUUUUCGGAUCAACCACAGCUGGGUCAGGGGCGAGUGCAACACCUAAUCUUUUCGGAUCAACCACAGCUGGGUCAGGGUCAGGGGCGAGUGCAACACCUAAUCUUUUCGGAUCAACCACAGCUGGGUCAGGGGCGACCGCCAGUGCACCAGCAUUUGGGUCGGGCCUGGCCCUGAACGCAGGGCAAUUUGGGUCGUCGGCUUCAGCGCCGUCCACACCACAGUUUGGGGUGAGUUCUGCGCCUGCAGGCGUAUUUGGAUCCUCAGCCCCAGCUUCUACAGGAGGCAAUUCUACAUCCUUGUUUGGGGCAAGUUCUGGAUCAACUCCUGGUCUUUUUGGGUCUUCCAACUUAUUCGGAUCAUCCUCUGCUUCGCCAUUUGGUGUGGCGCCGUCAACCACUUCUUCAAGUUCAGCUUCACCUACUUCUGGAUUUUCGUUUCCCACUUCAAGUUCAGCUGCUUCAGCACCCGGGUUCUCGUUCCCCAGUGCUUCGGCUUCAGUUUCUGCUGCGCCUGGACUUUCUCUUCCCGCAUCAUCAGCGACGUCGGCUCCUGCAUUUUCAUUUAAUACAGCUUCUGGCACCACUUCUGGCAUUUCGUUUUUGAAGAGCACCACUAGCUCUGCCUCCUCAGCAUCAGCCACAACAUCUCUAUCUUCUUCACCUGGUUUUUCAUUUGCUUCGGCACCCUCUCUUUCAAGUGCUUCGGCCUCAAAAAGUCAGUCACCUCUCUUUUCAACUGUCACAACUACUACCACAACCAGUGCUUCAGCUCCUGCCGCAUUAAGUGUGUCUUCUGCUAGUACCAGUGCAAGUCCUGGUUUGACGUUUCCAUCAUUGACCGUGUCUGCACCGGGGACCAGUGCAUCUGCUCCAACUUCAGGGUUUACAGGUUUUGGCACAACUAGUACGCCUGCAUCAUCCUCUGGAAGCGCAAGUUCUUUCUCAUUAUCUUUGAAAACACCCGCAACUGGAGCCUCACAAGCACAAUCAAGCGUGGCGCUGCCUUCUUUUGGUGUUUCAGCUGCAAGCUCAACAACGGCAGUGAGCUCAAGUACCAGUUCUGCUGCUCAGACAUCAUCUAUCCUUGUUGCAGCUUCCAGUAGUGGGACUGCUCCAGUCACCAGUGCGGCACCAACUUCUACACCAAAGUUACCAUCUGAAAUCACUGGGAAAACAGUUGAGGAGAUCAUUAAAGAAUGGAAUGGGGAACUUCAGGAGCGUACUGGGAAGUUUAGGAAACAAGCUAAUGCUAUAGCUGAGUGGGAUCGCAGGAUUCUGCAGAAUCGUGAUAUUCUUCUUGGGCUUGAGAGUGAAGUUGCAAAAGUAGUUGAAACGCAAGGUAGUUUGGAGCGGCAGCUGGAGCUAAUUGAAACUCAUCAAGAUGAGGUUGACAAGGCCCUGCAAAGCAUGGAGGAGGAAGCUGAGCGACUGUAUAAAGAGGAGCGUGGAAUGCUUCUUGAUGAUGAUGCUGCAUCAACAAGAGAUGCAAUGUACGAGCAGGCUGAAGUGAUAGAGCGGGGAUUGGAGCAGAUGACGGAACAGAUCAAAUCGAUUAUAAACAGUCUUAAUGCCAGUCAAGGUGGAGAGCUUGAAGCAACAGACGGAAUGACUCCCCUUGAUGUUGUUGUUCGCAUAAACAAUCAGCUUAGUUCGUUGAUGUGGAUUGAUGAGAAGGCUGAGGAAUUCUCUUCGCGGAUUCAGAAGCUUGCUAGCCACGGCUCUGCUGCAGAUCGUGAACUGAGCGGCCCUAAGCUGUGGUUGAACUGAGACAGCGAAUGCUGCUCGAAAUUUUCCGAGGGAGGGUAACAUUGAUAGGCUUCGACUGCGCACAGAAUGCUUCGAUGUUUUUUCAAGUAGAGAUGUUGAGAAAACUAUAAUCUCUUGUGACACGAUUCAGUUAUACCUGUGUAUAUUGCUAUCUUUGCAGUUCUAGUUGAUUCAGAGUCUUUUUUGCUUA